AUGUCCUACCCGCCGCCCCUGAUCGCCUCGACCCUGCUAGCCACACCCUCACCCUCGGCCUUUGCCUCGGCCUCGGCGACGCCUUCUCCGCCCUAUCCCAACCUCCCCGUCCCCGUCCCAGAUGUCGACUCCAACUCGUGCCGCCUCCUCGGGCCGUUUGCCCUGUUCGUGCAGCUGGCCAUGGGCCUCCUCGUCCUCGCCUCGCUCGUCUACAAGCGACACAAGGAACGCCCCAAGCGGAAAUGGAAGAUCUGGCUCCUCGACAUCACAAAGCAAAUGCUCGGACAGAUGUUUGUCCACGUCCUCAACGUCGCAUUCAGCGAGGGCGGAAGCGGAGGCGGAGGCGGCGGCGGCACAGAGACCCACGCCGGCAGCCUCGGCGGCGUGGCAGGUGCCGCCGCCCUCGACGCACCGCCAAGAAAGGCCGAGGGGAGGAACCCAUGCAGCCUCUACUUUCUAAACGUCCUCAUCGACACCACUCUCGGUGUCUUUAUCAUCUAUACGCUCCUCUCCCUCCUCACCCACAUCCUCACCGAUGUCCUGCGGCUACGCGGCUUCGUCUCGGGCCAGUACAGCGACCGCCCCAUCGCUCCCGCGUCGGCGUCUGGCUCCCAGCAGCAGCACCAGCAGCAGCAGAUACCCACCACGAGGCGCGGGCGCACCGCGCGGCCGCGGCUGUCGUACUGGGCAAAGCAGCUGGCCGUCUACCUCUUCGUCCUGCUCCUCAUGAAGCUCUCGGUGCUCGUCAUCCUCGCCGUGUUCCCCUUUCUCAUCGACAUGGGCAGCUGGCUCCUCAAGCUCUUUGGCAGCCACAAGGACGCCCAGGUCCUCUUUAGCAUGGCCCUCUUCCCGCUCGCCAUGAAUGUGCUGCAGUUCUGGCUGAUCGACUCGCUGCUGCGGCACAACCCGACGACAUCAAAGUACGCCCAGGUGCCGUCGGAACCAACAUCGAUGCACGAACCACACGGUCCAUCAUCCUCGUCGCCGCCGCCGCCAUCGCAGGCUGGGGCGAGGCAGCGGCACCUUCGGCGAGGCGGCGGCCGCGGCGGCGUCGACGACGAUCCGGAGCGGCAGGAUACGGGGCCGAUCCACCUGAUUGGCGACGACGACGAGAGCGACGAGAGCGAUGGCGAGGACGGCGACAGUCGGGAUGCGGCGUCGUCGUUCGACUACCGCGGCCACGACGCGGGGAAACCGUCGGCGUCGGCGUCAGCGUCGGCAUCGAUGUCGGCAAGCCGCGACGGGCGUCAACCGUCUUCUCACGACGUGGACGCGGACGAGGACGAGGCCGAGGAUGGGUAUGCCUACCCGCCCGCCGAGAUGCGCCCUUCGGCAUCUCGGUCGCGCUCCGUCUCGCCCCGCCUGGUCGAUGUCCACCAGCCCGCGCAACGGGGUCCCGCCUAG